AGGCGUAGUUGUCAUCAUACCUUCCUGUUUAGUGUAACAUUUUAUGUAAGGAAGAGCGGUUCACUCUUCUGUGAUCUCAGGGACCUGGUAUCUCACAUACUCAGCCACAUCCGGACUACACAUGGCUUCACACAUGCAGAACGACAGCUCAGCCGGCUUUCUACACGGGUUCAAGUCAUUCGCCACAGAUGCCAUCCACGUUGGUUCAGAACCGGAGCAAUGGAGCUCUAUGGCUGUAGUGCCUCCAAUUUCAUUAUCUACCACGUUUAAACAACAUGGUCCUGGAAAACAUGGGGGUUUUGAGUACAGCAGAAGUGGAAAUCCCACAAGAAACUGUCUUGAAAGAGCAGUCGCUGCUUUGGAUGGUGCACAAUACUGCCUCGCUGUUGCCUCUGGGUUGGCUGCUACUUUGACCAUCACACAUCUUUUUAAGGCUGGAGAUGGAAUUCUGUCAAUGAAUGAUGUUUAUGGAGGAACAAACCGCUAUUUCAGAAAAAUAGCUGCAGAAGUGGGUCUUGAUGUCUCUUUUGCUGACCUCACAAAGCUUGAGGUGUUAAAGGCAGCUUUAAAACCAAAUACAAAGAUGGUUUGGAUUGAAACUCCCACAAACCCUACUAUGAGGGUAGUGGACAUUCAGGCCUGUGCAGACAUUGUUCAUGAGCACAACAAGGACACAAUUGUUGUUGUAGACAACACUUUUAUGUCAGCCUACUUCCAGCGCCCACUGGCUCUUGGAGCGGACAUCUGCAUGUACUCAGCUACAAAAUACAUGAAUGGACACAGCGAUGUUGUCAUGGGGCUGAUUUCUGUCAAACGUGAAGACCUCUAUGAACGACUGAAGUUUUUGCAGAAUGCACUAGGAGCGGUGCCUUCUCCAUUUGACUGCUAUAUGUGCAAUCGCGGUCUGAAGACACUUCACCUAAGAAUGAAGCAGCACUUUAAGAAUGCACUGGCUGUGGCACAGUUUCUGGAGGCUGACCCAAGGGUGGACAAAGUCAUCUUCCCAGGACUUCCAUCACACCCUCAACAUGAGCUAACAAAGAAACAGUGCACUGGCUGUCCUGGGAUGAUCACCUUCUACAUCAAAGGGAAACUGGAUCAUGCCACAACUUUCCUCAGCAAUCUGAAGUUGUUUGCACUUGCUGAAAGUCUUGGUGGUUAUGAGAGUCUAGCUGAGCACCCAGCGAUUAUGACUCAUGCUUCAGUGUGUGAAAAUGAGAGGAAGGCGCUGGGAAUCAGUGAUACACUCAUUCGUCUGUCUGUGGGCCUGGAGGAUGAGGAAGAUAUUAUUGCAGAUCUAGAUCAAGCCCUCAGUGCUGCUCAUCCAAAAAAAUGAGAGGCAAAUCAAGAUUUGGAACGACAGUGAUUCCACAUCUGGACGAGACCAGGACCCUUUUUUCUGGGACAUUAUUAAUUUGCUUAAAGUGUAUGACAGUUAUGCUUGCAAAACUUUGAUUGCUUUUGUCAGGGAACAAAUAUACUCAACAAACUCCGCUAUUUCAUGGAUCAGCUAAUUUGCCAUGUUUUCAUUUAAAAUACAGGAAAUAUUCAGAUGACAUUAUAUUCUGAAUUAACUUUUGCUGCUUUUGCGUUUCUAUCUUUUUUUAAUUAUUGCUUGGUGAGGUUGUGGGGUGCUAACCAAGACCGUCUCCACAACUAUUAAAGUUUUAAUGGGAAUAUGUAUGGACUGCAAGGGAAUUCUGGUAUCAUGCAAAUCAUUAUUUAUAAUUAAUUUAUUCUGUAUUGGAAUCAACAAAUGGUUUAUUCUAAAAAAGGUGCAAUGCACAAGUGCACAAUAAGAGUCUUUCUGCAUCAAGAUGCACAGUCACCUCAUAACACUGAAAAUCACAUCUAUUGCUUACAUUUUAAAUUGAUCUUGCCUAAAUGCUUGAUUCUUUUCAGUUGUGAAAGGGUCAUGUUUGAUCUUUCUUUGUGCUGCUAGACCCAUUAAAAGCCAUUUGUAGUCUC